GGAGCGGCGGAAGCGGCGCGGGGCCGGGGCCGGGGCCCGCCAUGGAGCUGGGCCGUGCGGGCCCGGCCUGCGCCGCCGCCCUGCUGCUGCUGCUGCUGGUGCUGGCGGCGCUCGGCGCGGCCGACUUCGACCCGUACCGGGUGCUGGGCGUGGGGCGAGGCUCCAGCCAGGCCGAUAUUAAGAAGGCGUACAAGAGGCUGGCCCGGGAGUGGCACCCCGACAAAAACAAGGACCCGGGAGCAGAGGACAAAUUCAUCCAGAUCAGCAAGGCCUACGAGAUUCUCUCCAACGAGGAAAAGAGGGCAAACUUCGAUCGCUACGGUGAUGCUGGGGAAAGCCAGGGCUUCUCCCAGCACCAGCAUCGCCAGUUCCACCACUUCCACGAAGGCUUCUAUUUCGAUGAGUCCUUUUUCCACUUCCCCUUUAAUUCGGAGAGACGCGACGCCUCCGACGAGAAGUAUUUGCUCCACUUUUCGCAUUACGUCAACGACAUCGUGCCAGAUAGUUUCAAGAAACCUUACCUCAUUAAAAUAACCUCAGACUGGUGCUUCAGCUGCAUCCACAUCGAGCCCGUAUGGAAGGAAGUUGCUCAGGAACUGGAGGCGCUGGGAGUGGGCAUCGGAGUCGUUCACGCCGGGUAUGAGAGGCGCCUCGCCCAUCACCUAGGUGCUCACAGCACGCCAUCGAUACUGGGGCUGAUGAACGGGAAAAUAACCUUCUUCCACAACGCCGUCAUUCGAGAGAACCUGCGGCAGUUCGUGGAGAACCUGCUGCCGGGGAAUCUCGUGGAAAAGAUUACAGAUAAAAACUACGUCCGCUUUCUAUCCAACUGGAAGAAAGAAAACAAGCCCCACGUCCUUCUGUUCGAUCACAUGCCGGUUGUGCCGUUACUGUACAAGCUGACUGCCUUUGCAUACAGAGACUACUUGUCCUUUGGUUACGUGUACGUUGGGCUCAGAGGGACCGAAGAGUUGUCCAGUCAGUACAACAUCAACGUCUACACUCCGACCAUGAUGGUCUUCAAGGAGCACAUCGACAAGCCCGCGGAUGUUGUGCAGGCACGAGAUAUGAAGAAGCAACUCAUCGACGACUUCCUUUCCCAGAAUAAGUUCCUCAUGGCAGCCAGACUCACCAACCAGAGGCUGUUUCAGGAGCUGUGUCCCGUGAAGAAGUCGCACCGUCAGCGGAAGCACUGCGUGGUCUUGCUUACUGGAGAAGGCGAUAAGUUUGCUGAGACUUACGAGGCGUUUUUGACUUUUGCUGUGGCCAACACGAAAGACGUGCUGAGGUUUGCACACAUCUAUAACGAGCGGCAGCCAGAAUUUGCAGACGCCUUGCUGAUGGAUGAGGAGAAGUACCGUGGAAAAUCGGCCGUGGUCAUUCUGGAGAGGCGCAACAACGCAGGAAAGAUCGUCUACAAAGCCUUGGAGGAGGCCUGGCAAGGCAGCAAAGAGGACAACUUCAUCCUCCUGGACCUUCUGGACCAGCUGAGGAUGGACCCUGGCCUUCUCUCCUCAGAGACUGUCCUGGCAGACUUGCGUGAUGAGCUUGCUCCCAUGUUCCUUAUCCGAUGGUUCUAUUCCACGCUGGAUUACAUCUUGGACUGCUGGGACAGUUUGUUUCACAGUAACUGGCGAGAAAUGAUGCCCCUGCUGUCCUUGCUCUUCUCUGCGCUCUUCAUUCUCUUUGGCACUGUUAUUGUUCAGGCUUUCAGCGACUCCAGCGACACAAGAGACUCUCCUCCCUCUGAGAAGGAAGAGGCGACCACAAAGACUGAGAAGAACGACACAAACUUCAGCAAAGAGAGUAACAGCAGGGUUCCCAAAAAAGGCUUUGUGGAGGUGACCGAGCUCACAGACAUCAACUAUAACAGCAACCUGGUACGCCUCAGGCCGGGUCACAUGAACGUGGUCUUGAUCCUCUCGAACUCCACGAAAACCGCCCUCCUCCAGAAGUUUGCCCUGGAAGUCUACACGUUCACAGGGAGCAGCUCUCUUCAUUUCUCCUUCCUUAGCCUGGACAAGCACCGCGAGUGGCUGGAGUACCUGCUGGAGUUCGCGCAGGACGCCGCUCCCAUCCCGAACCAGUACGACAAGCAUUUCCUGGAGCGCGACUACACGGGCUACGUCCUGGCCCUGAACGGCCACAAGAAAUACUUCUGCCUCUUUAAGCCUCACAGAUCAGGAGACGAGGGGGGAACCAUGGGGUCGUGUGAGGACUACGAUUCCCCGCUGCACACCGAAGCCAGAGGGAAAUCCUCCUGCAGCCCAGGAUCUAGAUCCAUUAAAAACAAAUUGCAUAAAUUGUCCUUCUGGAUGGAACGCCUUCUCGAGGGCUCCUUACAGAGGUUCUACAUCCCCUCGUGGCCCGCGCUAGACUGAGGGCUUUUAAAGAGAUUCUAACACACUUUUUAUGAAGAUGACGAGGGACCGCUCUUUCUGGAAUAAACAAACAAUCGUGAUGAACGGACCUUACGUUUUAGAUGAAUUCUCUGAGGGACGGCGACCAGAAAAAUCUCUCCCCGUAUCCAGAGCCCUGGAGUGCAACAAAGCGCACUGAAACGCCCUCCACCGAAUCGUCGUCACGUUUGGAUGCCGUACUAUCGCAGAGCCAAGAAGGCCAUUUUCCCCUUCUCAUCCUGCCGCGUCUGCUUCCCGAGCCACCCUCGAUCCACCUCUUGUUUCACCUCGGUUGAAGAAAAUCCCUGACUUCUCAGCCGCGGCGACUCGGUCCGGACUGAACGCGGCCAGUUCCGCAGCGCGGGUCGUGGUUCUCUCCCCCACCCCUUCCCCACGUGCUUAGCCCAUGGUGCAUGGUGUAACAGUGGCAAGACCCUACAGACCCUCCUCCAAAAGGCUUCCCACCAGUCGUACCGAUCGGCUUUCCCGGGGUAAGUGGCCUAGAGGGUGGCCGGGAGCACCUCCCUCAUAGCAAACCUGUAGCUGGGACUCACCUGCGGGGCGGGCUAGCAGGCGAUCUGCAUGUUUCCUGCUCCUUGUGUAAUAGCUCCACGUGCAGCUUCACCAGCUAAAACCGUAACCAGGGAGGGGAAGGGGUUUUGCACAGCCGUAAAUACUGUAAAGGUGUUGAGCCAUUUAAAUGUCACAUCGUUUUCCAGAUG